GUUAAAAAUCCUCAUCACCAUCACUACCACUGCAGGAAAAAAAAAUCAAAAGCCAACCCAAAGCCCAGAGAAGAUCUGAGAAUUAAAAAAGAUGCAGGCUGAAGACAGCAAUCCACCAGAUGGUGGCUAUGGAUGGGUUGUGGUAGUGUCAGCCUUCAUGGUGAUGGGCCUCACUGUUGCUGUUCUCAAGACUUUUGGUCUGUUCUUUGUUGAAAUCCAGCAGCACUUUGAUGGACUUGCAAGCACCACUUCCUGGAUCACAUCAGUAACUAUUGCCAUCUUUCAUUUAGGAGCCCCUGUUGCCAGUUCAUUAUGUGCACGAUACACCCAUCGGGCAGUUGUGAUCACUGGAGGACUCCUGGCUUUUUCAGGAAUGGCACUGGGAUUUUUUGGAUUCAACAUGGUCUGGAUGUAUGUAACGACUGGCUUCCUACAAGGUCUUGGCAUUUCCUUUUCAUGGACACCAGCCAUUAGCAUUGUUAGCCAUUAUUUCUCCAAGAAAAGGGCUUUGGCCAAUGCUAUAGCCAGUGCUGGAGAAUGUGCCUUUGCAUUCACAUUUGGGCCAUUUUUCCAGUGGUUGAUUAGUCAAUAUGGAUGGAAAGGUGCCCUCUUGAUCAUAGGUGGCAUCCAACUCAACAUUUGUAUCGGUGGAGCACUGAUGCGACCCCUGGCAAGCAGCUGCCCCCUUGAGGCUCACCAUUCUGAAACUCAAACACCACCUGGCAAGAGUGCAUCCAGGAUAGACAAAGAAGCUAAGUCUCCUAUCACACACAAAACCUUCAAUUGGAUGCUUCUGAAGCGACCAGAGUUUGUACUUUAUGCCAUUUUUGGCAUAUUAGCUGCUAUGAGUUUUUUUGUUCCUCCGUUAUUUUUAGUUCCAUUUAGCUACAGCCUGGGAAUAGAUGAAUCAUGGACUGCAUCACUCCUAUCCAUUUUGGCUAUGGUGGACUUUGCAGGCAGACUGCUGUGUGGCUGGUAUGCCAAUCUCCAUGUUACCAAAACCAUUCAUUUGCUGGUGAUGACAAUUACACUGAUCAGUACUUCCCUGAUGCUGUUGCCACUGGCUAACAAUUAUGUUUCCUUGGCAAUAUUCACUGGCUUCUAUGGAUUCUUCUUUGGUACGACAGUUGCCAUUCACAUUACAGUGCUGGCAGAUGUUGUAGGCAUGCCAGAAUUUGACAGUGCUUUAGGGCUUUUCAUGCUCAUUCGAAGCUCUGGAGGUUUUGUGGGGCCCCCUCUUGCAGGUCUGAUUGUGGACAUGGCUGGAGACUACAGAGCAGGCUUCUACAUGGCAGGAGCCACUCUCAUCCUAUCAGCUGGAUUUUUAGUUACUUUAGAUCAACUCCAACAGAGAAAAGAAAGAGAAAGCCAGACUAGUACUAAACCAGAAAAGUCAACAUUAUCCUAUCCUUCCCUCCAUCUCCUGAAACACAAAAACAGAAGCUAUUGA